AUGAUGGCCACAGAAUUCACAAACCCCAUCUCUAACAUAUCCGAUGACUACAGCUACCACUCCACGUCUUCCAUGGAUGACUACGUGAACUACAACUUUCCAGAUUUAUUCUGUAAGAAAAACAAUGUCAGGCAGUUUGCGAGCCACUUCCUCCCACCCUUGUACUGGCUCGUGUUCAUCGUGGGCGCUGUGGGCAACAGUCUGGUCAUCCUUGUCUACUGGUACUGCACACGAGUCAAGACCAUGACCGACAUGUUCCUCUUGAAUUUGGCAAUUGCCGACCUUCUCUUUCUCAUUACCCUCCCCUUCUGGGCCAUUGCCGCCGCUGACCAGUGGAGAUUCCAUCCCUUCUUGUGCAGCAUGGUCAACAGCAUGUACAAGAUGAACUUCUACAGCUGCGUGCUGCUGAUCAUGUGCAUCAGCGUGGACCGGUACAUCGCCAUCGCUCAGGCCAUGAAAGCGCAGACCUGGAGGCAGAAAAGACUCCUGUACAGCAAAAUGAUCUGCUUCACUGUCUGGGUGUUGGCGGCCGCACUCUGCAUCCCAGAAAUCAUGUACAGUCAACUCAAAGAGCAAUCUGACAUCACCAUCUGCACCAUGGUUUACCCUAGUGAGCAGAGUGCCACAGUGAAGUCGACUGUCUUGACCCUGAAGAUCGUCCUGGGCUUCUUCCUCCCUUUCGUGGUCAUGGCGUGCUGCUACACCAUCAUCAUUCACACUCUGUUACAAGCCAGGAAGUCAUCCAAGCACAAGGCCCUGAAGGUGACCAUCACUGUCCUUACGGUCUUUGUCCUAUCUCAGUUCCCCUACAACUGCAUUUUGUUGGUGCAGACCAUCGAUGCCUACACCGUGUUCAUUUCCAACUGUGCCAUUUCCACCAACAUUGACAUCUGCUUCCAGGUCACCCAAACCAUCGCCUUCUUCCAUAGUUGCCUGAACCCCAUCCUCUAUGUCUUUGUGGGUGAGAGAUUCCGCCGGGAUCUUAUGAAGACCCUGAAGAGUUUGGGCUGCAUCAGCCAGGCGCAGUGGGUCUCGUUCAUGAGGAGAGAGGGAAGCGUGAAGCUGUCAUCCAUGCUGUUGGAGACAACCUCGGGGGCUCUCUCCUACUGAGGGGGUCUCUGCUCCAACAUGGAUGGCCCUCUUCGGAAGUCAUGAGAAAUCCAGGUACGGCUGCCCCACGGAUGCAACUGGAGGGAAACCAAUGAUGAAGAAGAAAAAGGAAGUGUGGAAAAAGAAAAACCCAGAAAAAGAUGAAUUUGGGCAAUUACUUAAUUUAGACUUUCCAAGCCAGAGUUUUCCAAAUUGACUGGCUGUCCCAUGAGACUGUCACUGUCAUUGGCAGCAAUGGCCGCAAUUUUCAAAGGAGGACCAACAGACGAUCUUGCAGACCACCCUGGCUUUUUGCCACUUGCCCAAGCAUUAAUGCAGCUGACCUCUGGAGUUCUUCUGUGACUCCAUAGCUGAAUGCAGGGUUGACCUGCCCAAGGACUCUGCUUGUCCACUCGUGUCACAGGGGUUGGCCAGACUGUGCAGGGACCCUGAGAGCCCGAGUUGGCAGAACUGGCCCUAGCUCUGUCAUGGGCUCACUCUGCCGAGUGGCUUUUGGGAUGGUCCUCUUUGCUCCCUAUAAAGCGGGUUGGUUUUAU